AUGUGGCCUCUCUCACAAGCCAUAACACAUGGCGACCCCACAAACAAGGACAUAGACUCUCCCACAAACAAGGACAUAGACUCUCCCACAAACAAGGACACAGACUCUCCCACAAACAAGGACAUAGACUCUCCCACAAACAAGGACAUAGACUCUCCCACAAACAAGGACAUAGACUCUCCCACAAACAAGGACAUAGACUCUCCCACAAACAAGGACAUAGACUCUCCCACAAACAAGGACAUAGACUCUCCCACAAACAAGGACAUAGACUCUCCCACAAACAAGGACAUAGACUCUCCCACAAACAAGGACAUAGACUCUCCCACAAACAAGGACACAGACUCUCCCACAAACAAAGACACGGGGCCCUGUAGGCAAACAAUCACAAAAAAAUUCCGGAAAAUUGCUCGACAUACAAGGGAAGUGGACUACAGCAAGGGGGAGGGACUACAGCAAGGGUUGGGACUACAGCAAGGGGAAGGGACUACAGCAAGGGAAGUGGACUACAGCAAGGGGGAGGGACUACAGCAAGGUGAGGGACUACAGCAAGGUGAGGGACUACAGCAAGGGGAGGGACUACAGCAAGGUGAGGGACUACAGCAAGGGGAGGGACUACAGCAAGGUGAGGGACUACAGCAAGGUGAGGGACUACAACAAGGUGAGGGACUACAGCAAGGUGAGGGACUACAGCAAGGUGAGGGACUACAGCAAGGGGAGGGACUACAGCAAGGUGAGGGACUACAGCAAGGGGAGGGACUACAGCAAGGUGAGGGACUACAGCAAGGUGAGGGACUACAGCAAGGUGAGGGACUACAGCAAGGGAGGGGCUACAGCAAGGGGAGGGGCUACAGCAAGGGGAGGGACUACAGCAAAGUGAGGGACUACAACAAGGUGAGGGACUACAACAAGGUGAGGGACUACAGCAAGGUGAGGGACUACAACAAGGUGAGGGACUACAGCAAGGUGAGGGACUACAGCAAGGUGAGGGACUACAACAAGGGAAGGGACUACAGCAAGGGGAGGGACUACAGCAAGGGGAGGGACUACAGCAAGGUGAGGGACUACAGCAAGGGGGAGGGACUACAGCAAGGGGAGGGACUACAGCAAGGUGAGGGACUACAACAAGGUGAGGGACUACAACAAGGUGAGGGACUACAACAAGGUGAGGGACUACAGCAAGGGGAGGGACUACAGCAAGGGGAGGGACUACAGCAAGGUGAGGGACUACAGCAAGGUGAGGGACUACAGCAAGGUGAGGGACUACAGCAAGGUGAGGGACUACAGCAAGGGGAGGGACUACAGCAAGGUGAGGGACUACAGCAAGGUGAGGGACUACAGCAAGGUGAGGGACUACAGCAAGGUGAGGGACUACAGCAAGGGGAGGGACUACAGCAAGGGGAGGGACUACAGCAAGGUGAGGGACUACAGCAAGGUGAGAGACUACAGCAAGGUGAGGGACUACAGCAAGGUGAGAGACUACAGCAAGGUGAGGGACUACAGCAAGGUGAGGGACUACAGCAAGGUGAGGGACUAUCUGAGUGA